AUGGCGUUUUGGCCGUCUUUUGCUUCUUCUCCUCCGUCCGUCCGUCCCGUCCGUCCGGCAUUGUCUGCAUGCCUCGCCCCCUCAGCUCAUGGCGAUCACAUGCCCAUUGCCUGCCCUCGGCAUCACAUUGCCUUGCCAUGCCAUGCUGUCACCCGCCUAAGACGGUCGCUGGUUGUCAGCCGUAAAGCACUGACAUUUGUUCGACUUCACCCGAAAAAGGGCACGAAUGCAAAAAAUGCACAAACAAACAACACAUUGAGACACCCGAGGAGGGAUUCGCUCCGGUCCAUGUUCGAGACUGGGGCAUCGCGAAUCGCGAAUCCACAGCCUCUGACUCAUCUGAUCUGCCACGAAGUGGUACGGGUAUGGGUCCCAACGGGACGAGGUGCGGCUGAGGCGCCGGCCCGAGUCACAAACUGCCGUUUACGCUGGAGGCGGCAGACGUUGCGGAAAAGAGGGUCAGGCCGAACAACUUGA